AAACCUGAUGUCACUUAUGGCGAUGUUGGCGGCUGCAAAGAACAAAUUGAGAAACUUAAAGAAGUCGUAGAAACACCAUUACUCCAUCCUGAAAAGUUUGUUAAAUUAGGUAUAGAGCCGCCAAAAGGCGUCCUAUUAUUCGGUCCACCUGGUACCGGUAAGACCCUGUGUGCUCGUGCAGUUGCUAACAGAACUGAUGCUUGUUUCAUACGGGUCAUUGGGUCAGAACUAGUUCAGAAAUACGUCGGAGAGGGCGCCAGGAUGGUGAGGGAGCUAUUCGAAAUGGCUCGUACCAAAAAAGCCUGCAUCAUAUUCUUUGAUGAGAUUGAUGCCAUUGGAGGGACCAGAUACAGUGAUGGAGAUGGGAGUAGCAAUGAAGUCCAGCGGACUAUGCUUGAGCUGAUAAACCAGUUGGACGGGUUUGAGCCUAGGGGUAACAUCAAAGUACUAAUGGCCACCAACAG